CCGGAUGCGACGGUGUCCCCGGUCGCCUGUCCUCCCGCCUGCCUCGCGCCUGCUCCCGGCUCCAGCUCCAGACAGAAGCUGCAGAGGCGACUGUGAUGAGACAAGAAGAGAAAUGGAAAACGGUGACGACCAAGUGAUGUCACAGAGAGUUUGGUGAAGACAUGAGCUCAUCGAACACAUUUCGAUGGAAUCCUCUUUCAACGCCGUAGAGCUCCGGGAGCUGCGGGGCGGAGGAGGCCGGCGAGGCGUGUCUCCGACGCGGGUCUCGGCGCCCUGGACAGCGGUCGCAGUGGGCAGCUCCGCCCGAGGCUUCGAGAACGGCUCCUACCAGCAGGACGAGGAGCAAAACCACCACCAGCAGCAGAAGGAGGAGCAGCAGGAGGAGGAGGAGGAGGUGAGCUGCCCGCCUUCAACUUCAGGCAACAGCAAGCAUCAGCAUCAGGAGCUCUGCCCUCAGUCGUACGAUGAGGAGGAAGGAGGAGGAGCGCAGGAGGACGGAGGACAGGACUUCACCGAGCUAAACCCGGCCGACGACCACUCGGCGGAUUACGGCUUCGUCUUCGCCCUGGUGUUCCUGGUGAGCGGGAUCGUCCUGGUGGUCAUCGCCUACACCAUCCCCAGAGAGGCCAAGGUGGACCCGGACUCGGUGUCGGCCCGGCAGAUGGAGAAGCUGGAGAUGUACUACGCCCAGCUGGGCUCCCACCUGGACAAGUGCAUCAUCGCGGGCCUGGGCCUGCUGACCCUGGGGGGGAUGUUCCUGUCCGUGCUGCUCAUGGUGUCCAUAUGCCGCGGCGAGAUGUACCGACGUCGGGCAGCGUUCGUACGACCCAAGAGGACUUACGGCUCCAUCAACCUGAGGAUGAAGCAGCUGGCGACAGGAGAGGCCGGAGAGGGCGGGGACGGAGGGGAGGAGUUUCUGGUGGAACACGCAGAGACUCGGAAAAACAUUCAACCGGGGGCGAGCCGGGACUCCAAAUCUGAACCGAGCAGAAACCCUCCGAGUGCUUCUUCCUCUUCUUCUUCUUCAGCUGCUGCACACGGACUCAACUAGCUGUGCGUUACCGUGCUGCCUUCCUCCGAGUGAGCGCUCAGCUGCAACAUGGGGAUGCAAAAUGGUGCAGAUCCCCCAUUUGUGCUGAGAGAAGCUCGUCCCCAGCACAAGACUUUGGGCUGCAGCAGCCCGGCUUCAACCCAGCAUUGUGGGAUGAAGGUAAACCGAGUUAAUGGGUUAUUUAUUCUCACCGAUCGCAUAAGGGAUGUAUAACGAGGGAGGCUGGACCCCACAGAAGAUGAGCGGUAAGCCUGGAUAACAGCCUGGUUGUACAUCACAGAUUAGAGCUGCUUUAGAAAUCCUUGUAUGUUUGGAGGUUUACAGGAACAAGCACAUUGACUGAACCUGGUGGUCGGGCGAACACAGAAAGUUAGAUCAACACUUCACUGAGAGUCUGGUGUUCCAUACUCAGAUCUAAACAUGUUUUCAAUCCUAAUCACGAGAUUCACACAGAUGUUAAAUGUGAAAAUCACUGGAAAUCAACGUCAGUCACUGGACAGCAAAUGUUGUUUCAUUAUUUUAUAAAGUAAAUGUGAAGCUGUGGUGCUCACUGGCCUGCAAAUACACUGAGGCAGCAUUUUAAAAAAUAAUAUUUCUCUCCCCUGUGACAUUUACACUCAUCACCAGCAUCAGAGAUAAACGAACAAUAAUCAUUUUAAAGUUUAUUCAGUUUAAAUCUGCAUUAAGCAACGUUUCGGAUUCAUUGAGUGAAUUGGAAAAGAACGACGAUUGGAUUUCUUCUUGUUAUAUUAUUAGUUAUAUAUUUUUCACGAAAGUAUGAAUUUAGUUCAAAAUAUUAUGAUCUCACAUCUUUUGUCUCAGAACAUGAGGACCUCAUUAUGACUUCAUUCCUGAUAUACAACAAAUAACUUUUAUUGUAUUAGUUUGAUCUCGAAUUUUUCGUGAAAAUAACAAAAACCUUUUCUGGUGAAAUUAAAUUAAAAUUGAAUUUUCUCAAUUUGUUUCCGAACAUUGCUCCUCUCACUUACAACCCAGAUACCUGAAGAUGAACAAAUCCAUAAAUAAGUGAAAAAUCUAGAAAAUACAAAUACUGGCAACUCUGCUAAGUCUCUAAAUUUAAGUCUUAAAAGUUUACAAAUUUAACAAGAAAGUUGGAAAGUUCGCAGUUUCUGUUUUGGGAUUUUUGUGCCUCUUUGGGGUGAAAAAUUGCUUAAUGCAGCUUUAACCUCCUGUAUUUCAUUUACCUCUGAAAAUGCCUGAGGAGCAGCAGCAGUUCAAUUCACCAACAAUACAAACAGGUUUUUUUAAAUAUGGAUGCAGAGACACGUGGGAGGAGACGAUGAGCGAAGUGAAGUGAGUCACUGUGGACAGGGUGACAUUACCCAGAAAGCACCAGGAGAGCUCUUCCCGUCUGUAUUUUGUUUCUUUUUUUCACCAAACGACAGAUUUUGCCGCAAAUCAAUUCCGUUUUUCUAACAGUGAAAAUAAGACGAAGGUAAAAAUAUCACUCGAGGAGGAUAAAUCCGUUAAAUGGAAUCAUUGACAGAAGAGACAGUGAUGAAAUCAGUGACGCGAAGGUGUGAACGUCGGCUCCUCACUUAUUUAACACUUUCACUGCCGGGAGCUGAAGGUCAUGAAUCACACACAAGCGGCAAAAUCUCCAAAUGAUCACGUCUCAUUUCUCGUGUCUCAUCCUGCAUCACUCAAAACUGUUGAAAGCUGAAAUUAAUCUGAAAAGUCCAUAAAAACAUAACUGAGGUCUGGACAAUAGAUAGAAAAAUAGCAGUGGCUUCAUUUAGGUGUCGCGUGUCUUUGUCUCUAUCUGACUGAUGCUCAGGCCAUUAACAUGGAGAAGAAGCUGGUUUCGACUGAACCUUUAAUGACGCACUUAUUUGUAUUAUAUGUAAACAGAUGUUAUUUAUGUCAUGUAAGGAUACAAGAAGCCUUAAUGAGUAAACACACACUGUAAAGUCUAUAUACACAAAUGUUAUUACGCUGAUGUAUUAAAGUCUGUAUAGUGAGCCAAUUAGCCAAGGGUUAUGUAGCCACACACACACACACACACACACACACACACACACACACACACACCACACACACACACACACACACACACAUGCUAAUUCUGAGCUCUUUAUUAAAGUAUGUACCAGAUUCACAGUACAAAUAAGCUGUAAAUACACAUGUAUACGUUUCGGAUGUAGAGGACCAGCAAAAGCUAAAACGCUCAGAAACCAAAAUGCGCAACGCAGGUAUGAAAAUUAGGAAACCUCAUCACGGCCGGAACCUUCUAUCAUUUCUUCAUUUAAGUUGAGAUUCAUUUAUUAACAAACAACCAUAGUAAUGUAAUAGAAUGUAAUGGUUAGUAGAUAUUAGAGCUGCACAUUUUAAUUAUUUCAAUUAUCAAUUAAUCCAUUGCUGCUACUAAUGUUUAAAAAUAUCAAAAUAAAAAAGCCCAAGUUGACAUAUUUAAAUAACGUGUUCUGUUCGAGUGAUUGUCCCAAAACCAAAGAUAUGUUUGAGUUCAACAUGGAAAACAAAGAGAACCAGCACAGAGCUCGUUUCUAUCCAGUACAGAUCUUUAAUCUAAUCUGUUGAUGGUUCCAGUUGUGGAAACCAAUAUUUUUCUCUAAAUCAAUUAACUGAGUGUCAUUGUUAUACUUUACUUUUUGAUCAGAUAAUCUCAUAUAAUAUAGAAUAUAAUAGAAUAAAUGUAUUAUUUGCUUUAAAAAUGACUAAAAUCAUGAAUUUAUAUUUUUUUGCCGAUCCCCUAAAUGUUGCAGCUCUAGUAGAUAAAAUGCAAACUGUAAAUUAAAUGUGGCUUUACCACAAUAUUCUGCUGGAAAUUAAGAUACAAUUUAAUUUCCCCUCAAACUCAUUUACUUGGUGAUAAUGUAUAAAAAAAUAAGUGACGACAGUAUUAUUUGGUGGAGAUGUUUAAAUAUAUAAUGAGGACCAGGGAUGUUUCUUAUUGGUCGGAACUGUUCUAUCAUCUCUGGCGCAGCUCGUUAACCUCGUGGUGUCACUGGACGGUCACAGGUUCGAUUCCCUGCCACCGUCUGUCUCUGCUGAUGUGUCCUUGAGUUUCAUCCAUCAGAGCCGAAGCCUUCUGCUGUUCACACACAUCAAAUCACAUCACAAUAUCCGAAUCCAUUCACCUCUCAGCAAAUUAGAGUGAAGUCAAAGAGGUGUUGUUUUCAUUUGAGGAGCCAACACUUUAAAAAAACUAUAGUAAAACUAGUAAAAUGCACUUGUGGUGUCUUCAGGUGAUCCUUGGAUUGGUUGUCACUGUUUUUAUAAAGUCGACUAACAUCCUUUUUGUUUGUUGGUAUUCGUGUAGAACCCAAAACAAAUUCACAAACCCUCUCUCGGAUGGUCGGAGCGUUGUGGUGAUCACUCGUCACCAACUGGUGCAGAGUGUGGACGGGGACUCAAAGUUUUAGCUGCUGACACCAGCUGUAAAACAAAUAGAAUAAAAAAGAGCACAAAGCUAUUAUCCUCUCAGUCAGAUACAUAUUAAUAAAUAAUAUUAAUCCUGAACUUCUUUGCAAAAUCUCACGUGAAUCAAAACAUUUCCCUGCUGUUGUUGGUUUUGCUCACCAGGUCAAGUUGUUGUUUCCGAGGUUGUUCCAUUAGUUUAUU